AUGGCGCACAGGAUCCUGGCGCUAACGCUCCAAUCGGCCCACAACCUGAAGGAUGUGAACGUGUUCAGCCGCAUGGAGGUGUACGGCGUCGUGUCCGUCUACGGCGACCCUCGCACGCGGCAGCGCACCAAAACCGACCGCGACGGCGCCAGGCACCCGACGUGGGACCCGGACCAUACGCUCUGGUUCGCCGUCCCGCCCACGGCGGCCGCGGCCUCGGCGUCCGGCGCCUGCCUCCACGUGCUCCUCCGCACCGAGCGCCUCUUCAGCUUCUGCGACGGAGACGUCGGCGAGGUCUUCAUCCCUCUCGCCGACCUGCUCGCCGGCGCCUGCGACGCCGGAGGCGCCACGCCGCUUCAGUGUGCGUCGUUCUACGUCCGGAAGGUGCAAUGCGCCGAGCGCCGCCGGGGCACGCUCAGGGUGUCGUACCGUUUCGGCCCCGUGAUGGCGCCGUUUGCCCCGGUCCCGGAUAACCCUUACCAGCUGCCGCCGUGGCAGUGCUACCCGCCGCCGCAUGCUUACGCGCCCAAGUACCCGGUGGUCUAUCCUCCGUCGUUUCCUCGCAUGCUGCCUGGAGCCGGCUAUGGCGCGGCCGCUCCGUCGGCGGGGAUGCGGACGAACAGCAGCUUCACACUGGGGCUCGGACCCGGGAUGCUCGGUGGAGGCUUCGGGGGUACGCGGGUCGUUGACAUGCCGUCGUCGGAUAAAUCAGCUUAUGAUGAUGCCGGGCACGGGACCGCGCCCGCCGCCGCCGGAGGGAUUGCCGUCUAA